AUGUCUUCAGAAAGAUUGAUAUACGCCCGAAACGAUCUUGCUCAAGUCACCAUUGAUGAUCACGGUGUAAAGAUCUCCGAACAAUCAUUAUGGGCCGUCGACCACGAAGUACCAAGUUCUAACUCUCUAUUUUGUUGUGGCGGACAACCAAUACCCAUCAAGACUUUUCACGACCACAUACCCUUUAGAAACAUAAUAUACGUUGAUCCAGGUGCCAAUGACGAUGAAGUGACUUUGACGUAUGUGUAUCCAACCUCCAAGGACUCGAUCAAGCUCGCCACCCUCGAGGUUCAAGUUCAGAAUUAUAAUAAUAACAAAUUGUCAGAAUAUAUCUUGGACAAAGCAUACACGAACCACAUCAUACGUCCUUCAGUUCUUGUCCUUGUUAAUCCCCAUGGAGGGCAAGGGAAAGCCGUCAGCAUCUACGAAAACGAAAUCUAUCCCAUCUUGAAAGCCGCCCGAGCAAAAGUCACCCUCGAGGAAACUAAGUACCAGACCCAUGCCACUGAUAUCGCCAAGGAGUUGGAUAUUUCCAAGUAUGACAUCAUUGCAUGUUGCUCUGGGGAUGGGAUCCCUCAUGAAGUAAUCAAUGGGUUCUUUGCCAGAGAGGACAAGGGCGCCGAGGCGUUUAACAAGAUUGCCGUUACACAAUUGCCCUGUGGGUCAGGUAACGCGCUUAGUUUGAGUACUCAUGGGAGUAAUAAUGCCGGAAUGGCGACAUUUCAGAUGUUGAAAGCCAAAAGAACAAAGUUGGAUUUAAUGGCGGUGACUCAGGGUUCAGGUCCAGCCAAGAAGACCAAAUUGUCGUUCUUGACACAAUGCUAUGGUAUCAUUGCUGAUUCAGAUAUAGGUACCGAGCAUUUACGUUGGAUGGGCCCAGUGAGAUUCCAAAUAGGUAUUGCCCAAAAGGUGUUUAGUGGGGCCAAGUAUCCUUGUGAAUUGUAUGUUAAUUUCUUGACAAAGGACAAGCGCGAGAUUAUCAACCAUGUGGAAACACACAUGCAACUUAGUCUGAGCCAACGUGAUGAAGAGUUACCAGUAGUCACCGCGGAUAAUCUUGCCGUCACUGGUCCUGAUUUGGAUCAACCGGUGCCGGAUAAUUGGGCCCACAUAUCUGCUGAAAUCACCGAUAAUUUGAAUAUAUUGUAUGUGGGGAAAAUGCCAUAUAUCUCUGACUCAGCACAAUUCUUCCCGGCUGCAUUACCAAAUGAUGGAUCUAUGGAUAUGGUGAUGACUGAUUCAAAGGCAUCAUUUAUGGAAACCACGUCAAUUAUGCUUCUGGUUGAAGAAGGAACUCAUGUACAUAAUGAUAAAGUCAAGCAUGCAAAAGUACUCGGGUAUAGACUAAUACCGAAAGUGAAUGACCGCACGAAACAUUAUAUAUCCGUUGACGGAGAAGAAUUCCCCUUUGAAGCAUUACAAGUGGAGGUUCUCCCGGGAGUAUUGACAGGAUUACUUCAAGAUGGGUCCUACGUGGAAACUUGCUUUACAAGAUAA